AUGUUUUGUAUGGAAUGUGGUAUGCAGCUUGCUGGUGGGAAGGCAAAAUUUUGUGGGAAUUGUGGUACCAAGGUACCCUCAGCCUCCAAAGAAACAGAUCCUGGUGUUGAAGUCCUCUCUCCUUCGUUUGUUCAGGGAAUUUUAUCUCAAGGCGCAAUGGAGAGUUUGGCUAAACUUAAAGAAAAAUAUCCCACCAACAUUGGACACAAACCAGUGUCGAAGAAACGAACAAGUGAAUCAAAAGAACUGAUCGUCCAUGUAAUGGACAAAAAGAAAAAAGCACUCAAAAGAGCUUUUCCAAGUGACAGUGGCUUAACUGGCUGUUUGAAAAUGAAAGCAAAUUGCAAUCAAACCACCAAAAAUUGGAUGGACUCCCUUAAACACCAUUUCAGAGGAAACAUAGAUUUUAUCCCCCACAUUAUGGGUAGAAAUGGGUUGGAACCCAUCAGUACCGACUGUAGCCUAGAGCAGAUAGAAAGUAUGAAAAUCCAGAAAAAAUCUGCUUUCAAGAUCUAUGCCAUGGCAAAGGGAAAAGGUUAUGGAGUCCGACGAAGAAAUGCCAAAAAUUGAAUUGCAGAAACCAUCCUCUAAAUGUGGUGGAAAGAGUUUAUCAAAGAUAUCCACUAUGCAGAGUGAUGAUGUUGUGGAAUCCGACGAAGAAAUGCCAAAAAUUAGAUUGCAGAAACCA